AUGUGUGAGAAUUGCAAAGAAGCUUGGGACAUUCUUGAGGUCACCCAUGAGGGUACCAAGGCUGUAAAGAAUUCUAAACUUCAAAUGCUGACCACAAGUUUUGAAGAACUUAGAAUGAAGGAUGAAGAAACAUUUGAUGCUUUUUAUGCCAAACUAAAUGAUGUCGUCAAUUCUCGUUUUAAUUUAGGGGACAGAAUUCCUGAGAACAGAAUUGUGAGAAAAGUUCUCAGAUCACUCCCUGAGAGGUUUCGUCCUAAAGUUAUUGCUAUUGAAGAAAGCAAAGAUCUAGACUGUAUGAGAAUUGAAGAAUUGGUAGGCUCUCUACAAACAUAUGAACACACUCUUCAUGUGGAUAAGAAACACAAGUCCAUAGCCCUCGAUACUAUUAGAGAGGAGUCAAAUGAGUCAUCCGAUGAGUCGGCUAUGAGUGACAGAGAAAUAGCUUUUUAUGCUAAGAAGUUCAGGAAAAUGUUUGUGGCUAGAAACAAUAAGAAUCAGAGCCCAGAGAAGAAAAAGUUUGAGAGAUAUAAUAGAGGCUCAAGUUCAGGGAACAAGGAGAGAAGUACUGAGAAGUACACUAGAGCUAAUAAAGACAAGGUACAAUCAAGGGUGCAGUGUCAUGAAUGUCAUGGAUUUGGACACAUUCGUCUAGAAUGUGCAAAUUACAAAAAGGCAAAAGAAAGAGCUAAGAUUGCAUCUCUAAGUGAGAAUGAGUCAGAGUCGAGUGAAUCAUCAGAUAACUCUUCGCCAAAAGGAAAUCUUAACUACAUGGCAUUCACUGCCUCUGUUAGCAGCAAAAGUCAAUGUAGUGAAUCAGUGUCUGAUGAUGGGAGCAUAUCUGGAAAUGAAUCUGGGUAUGAAGAUCAGUUGCAAGAAGUCUACGAGAAGCUGUAUAAGGAAUGUGUUAAAUUGAGAAAACGCAACAAAGCGCACAUUGAGGAGAUAGACUUCAACAAACGAGAAAAUGAAGGACUUCAAGGCAAAUUAAAUGAAGUCAUUGGUCUAACUGAUCAGUUGAAAAUGAGGAAUGUAUCUCUAGAAGAGGAAUUAAAAAAACAAGAAAGUGAGAUGAUUUUGUUGAAGGAUAAACUGAAAUCCGUGUCCACUGGGAAAGAAAAGCUGGAUGAAAUCCUGAGGUCAGGAAAGCCUCCUGGUGAUAGGAGUGGACUAGGAUAUGAUACAGAGAAAUCUGAUGCAGCUACUACCUCAAAAGUCUCCUAUAAGAAUGAGAGGAAAACUGUGUUUGUUCGUGAGUCUAUUACAAAAGGGAAUGCUAACCCAUCUAACAAGGGUAAGAAAUCCUCUCAUGUAAAAAUGGGUGUUCAGUCUCAUGAUAAAUCAAGAGUUCGAAAUACAAGCCCUGUGUGUCACCACUGUGGUAAGACUGGUCAUGUUGUAGGAGACUGUUUUAAAUUGAAGAGAUGCACCAUGUAUGAUCAUACAUGCUCUCAAAGUAGAAGUGUGUACUCACCAAAAAUGGGUAGAAAUCCCAGAACUGCUCCUAAGUAUGUCUCAUCUUUCAGGGGACAAAGAGAUCGCAAAGAGAACUACGUGUGCCAUAAUUGUGGUAAGGCUGGUCACAUUCGACCAAACUGCUAUGAGCUUAGGAGGAAUCCUAUGAGAGAUGGAAAUAGUGAAUCGAGAAGAGGACAUUUGAAUCUUUGGAGUCAAGUCAGGGCCCUACCUAGACAAAAUGAGAUGCUUAAUGUCAAGAUAGACCAACUGUCAACUAGCAAAAAGGACAUCUCUCUAAAAGUUAGAAAAAUGUGGGUCAGAACUGGAAAAAGGCCCAUGUGCCAUGUGGCACACAUUGCUCUAAAGACCAGAGACACCUACAUGUGGUACCUUGAUAGCGGGUGUUCUCGCCACAUGUCGAGUGAUAAAAGUCUAUUUAAAACAGUUGAAGAGUACAAGUGUGAAACAUUAACAUUUGGAGAUGGGGGAAAAGUUGAUAUAAUAGGAAGGGAUGAAAUUGAAAUACCUGGACUACCCGUCUUGAGAGAAGUCCUAUUUGUUGAUGGAUUAAAAGCAAAUCUCCUAAGUAUAAGCCAAAUGUGUGACAAUGGUGCAGAAGUUCGUUUUUCAAAGGAUAUGUGUAUUGUUUUAGAUAAUAAUGGAAAUUGCAUGAUGCAGGGAACAAGGACAUCUAAUAAUUGUUAUGGCAUUGCCUCUAAACCUCAGUAUAGUUGCAAUAGUGUUAAGAGUGAGACUACUGACCUCUGGCAUCAAAGACUUGGACAUGUGAAUCACAAAAAUCUGUCUAAGAUUGCCAAGAAAGAGAUGGUGAUAGGAUUGCCUGAGCUGGGUAAAGUAGAGACUCCUGUUUGUGGGUCAUGUCAAUUGGGAAAACAAGUUAGAACAGCUCACAAGAACACAACGGCUAUCCUGACAGAACGACCAUUAGAGUUGCUGCACAUUGAUCUUAUGGGACCCUCUAGAACUGAGAGCCUAGGGAGAAAAAAUACAUACUGGUAA